UCGAGAGACACUCAUUAAUGGACAUUCCUCUUCUAGCACCCCUCGGAUCAGGCCACGCAAUGCGGGGCGAAGGAUCGUCACGGAGAGGAGCGGCAAUGGCGCCGCAGGGCGCAGCGCCCUGGAUGCCCACCUCGCGGGAUCAGCCGUCGGGCGAGGAUCUGACGCUGUACACGACCCUGGCCGCCUACGCCGACGCACUCGAUGCGCUCCCCCUCGAUCUCACCCGAUCUUUCUCCGAUCUGCGCGAGCUCGACGCCGUCCUCGGCUCACACAUCAAGGCGCUCAUCAACCGACUCGCCCGCCUCACCUGCCUCGUCGAGGACGAGACGGUGGCGCCAGCAGAGCGGAUGCUAGCGCUGAAGGAGGUGGCCGAAGAGGCCAGAGGGUACAAGAUGGGAGGCGAGGACAAGAUCCGCGUUGCUCUCAACACCGCAGAAACCAUUAUUUCCCACACCACAUACAUCGACUCGCUCCUCUCCAAUCUGUCGUCGGUGCCCUCCCUGGCGCCGUUCCUCUCACCGCCCAAGGAAUCUCAUAUUGCCGGACAUCUGAGCGACGGGACACCGCUUGCUCCCGGAUCGGGGCCCGGUGGGCAGCUGCCGGCCUCGAUGGGAGGCACCGCCGACAUUGGCCCUGUGAUCCAGUCCGGGCCAGGCAGCACGAAGAAGAAGAGACCCACGGCAGCAAUGGCCGGUGGAGCGGCGGCGGCAGGCGCAUCGGGCUCCCUCUCCAGCCUCUCAGUGGCUGAAAAGCGUGCCCAGCAGGCAGGUGGUGCCUCGCUGAUGUCUGCAGACGGCGGUCAGGCCUCCACUUCGGCGACGAGCUCGGCCAAGAAGCGCAAAGCGCCGCCGUCGAACAGUGCAGCCAGCCGGGCGAGAAAUGCAGGGGAGGAGUACGAUGAGCCACCGGCAAAGAGGGCAAAUAACAGCCAAGCUGCAGCCAAGAAGAAGUCGGCCAGCACACCCAACCAGGCCAAGCCGAGCAACGCCAGGCGGACGCAGCAGCAAGACCAGGACGACGACCGCAGAGGCGCCGGCGAGGGCUCACGAAGGGGCAUGGAGGAUGAUGAGAGUGGAGGUGGAAGCAGGUCGAGGUCAUCACGCACGGUUCGUACAGCCACGAACAAGGAGCAGAUGUCGGAUGAAGAGGACGGGGGAGCAGAUGAAGAGGCGGACGAAGCCGCCGGUGGCUCCUCGUCGUCGAGGCCCGCCAGGCUCGCGCGGGGAGCUCCUCGGCCGGGCAACGGCGCCUCGUCGGCGGAUCCCGAAGGAAUGGCCAGCAGUCGUACCACGCCCGGCCCUGGCAGUGCAGCGGCGGGCGCUGGAGGCGCGGGCGCAGACGACAGCGACGAGCGAAGGUACUGCUUCUGCAACAACGUCAGCUACGGCGACAUGAUUGGGUGUGACGACGAAGACUGCGAGCGUGAAUGGUUCCAUCUCGGCUGCGUCGGGCUGCUCAAGCCACCUCAGGGCCUGUGGUAUUGCGACGAUUGUGCAGCCAAGCGAGCGCCGCGCUCCAAAACAAAGAAGAAGGUUUCGAGAACGAGCGGCGCCCAUGGCGGUGGCACCGCCGUCGAAGGCGUCGCCAACAAGGCUCGGGUUGCUAGCACCAAGCGAUGAUCAUGCGAUGAUCCCGCUCAUCAGAGACCUCUCAUCUGAGACCUAGAGCAAUGCAUGUGUGUAACGACGACAAUCAGUUGGGAGUGAGCGCGAGCCGAUGUUCGGCGCGUGACAGAAAUAGUUGGUCACUCAGCUCCGAAGACGCGAUUCGACUUGAGGAAUUUCUUUUGCAGAACCCCU